CACCACCCGUCACGUGAGGGGGUGGCGGGGGUUGGUGAUUGAGGGUGCGUCAGUCACAACCGAAUUCGUCCCCAUCGUCUUGGAUUGCUUCAGACAACUUCACAGCACACGCCAACUCCAUCAAUGGAGCAACAACUUGGCGCCAAAUUCGAGCAAAUUCUCAACGAACCCACAGACGCCUCCACUUCUUUGCAAGCCCUAUCUCUCGCUCGAUCUCUCAUCCUCAACCCUUCCACCUCCGACUCCACCAUCUCUUCUCUCCUCCAAACCCUAUCACUCUCUCUCCAACCAGACCGCGACCCUCUCUCUCUCCGCCACACUCUCUCUCUCCUCUCCGACCUCGCCGCCCACCGCCGCCACCUUUCUCAGUCCAUCUUUCAAACUGUCCACUCAUUUUCUCUCCUCUGCAACCCUACCUCAACUCGCACCCUCGCCGCUUCUCUCUCCGUUCUCGCCUCAAUCGCUGAAUCAAACCAAACCCUAGCUUCUGACCUCAGUGAGCUUAGCGAGAGUCUAUUUCUCAAACUCUGUUUUUUCCCGAGUGUGUCUGUUCGGCAUUGGUUGUUGUUGAAUGCGGAGAGGUUUUGGAUUCGGCCGCCUUUGUUGCUGACUGUGUUUUUAGGGUUUACGAAGGAUCCGUAUCCGUAUGUGAGGAAAGUUGCUUUGGAUGGACUGUUUGGUCUGUGCAAGUCCAUUGUUGUUGAGGAUUGUACUCUGGUUGAGAGUUGCUAUUGCCGUGGUGUUGAGCUUCUGAGCGAUAUGGAGGAUUGUGUAAGAUCUUCAGCUGUUCGUGCGGUUGCUCAGUGGGGACAAUUACUUGUGGCAUUGAACCAUGACGAUAAUAAGAGAGAUUUGUCAAAUGCAUUAUUUAUCCAGGUAUUAUUUAAAGUACUAUGUUAAUUAGGUAUGAGAACAUAGGUGAAAUUUCAUUUUGUGAAAUCAAUUUGUG